UGUGGCCAAUGUUUUCCAGGAAAUGCACAACUGAAACCACCCAACGGAUCAAAUAACUUCGGCAGCGACACGUCUGCUUUCAAACUGUUUACUGUAGUAAUGAGGGAGCUGAAGAUGUCAGCGCAGGUCUCCUUAGAAACAGCGGAACAUCCCAGACUCCUGAAGCUGUCAUCCGCGCUGUUCUACGCCGGUAGUUCGUUUCUGAUCACCGUGGUGAACAAAACUGUGCUAACCAGCUACAGAUUUCCCUCUUAUCUGUUUGUGGGCAUUGGACAAAUGAUAACUACUAUUGUGGUUUUAUAUUUAGCCAAAAUAAACAACACGGUCAAGUUUCCAGAUUUUGAUAAAAGCAUCAUCCUAAAAAUCUUCCCUCUUCCCUUGCUGUAUGUUGGAAACCAUGUAACAGGACUGGCGAGCACCAAAAAACUCAGUUUACCCAUGUUUACAGUCUUGCGGAAAUUCACCAUACUGAUGACAAUGAUCCUGGAAGCUUAUUUGUUAAGAAAAACAUUUCCAAGACGUAUCAUUUGCAGUGUUGUGACAAUAGUCUUUGGGGCCAUGGUGGCUGCAAGUUCUGAUCUGGCCUUUGACGUGGAGGCCUACACCUUCAUCCUGCUGAAUGAUGCCUUCACUGCAGCCACUGGUGUUUACACAAAGAAAAAACUUGGUGAUCAGGGCCUUGGGAAGUAUGGUGUCCUAUUUUACAAUUCACUGAUCAUCGUCUUACCCACCAUCUUGGCCAGUGCAUUCAUUGGAGAUUUACACAAGGCAUUAUCAUUUAAGGACUGGAACAACAUUAUAUUUAUCGUAUGUUUUCUUUUGUCCUGCUUCAUGGGAUUUCUAUUGAUGUACUCAAUAGUCCUCUGCAGCUAUUAUAACUCAGCACUUACAACCACUGUUGUGGGGGCCAUAAAGAAUGUAGCCGUAGCUUAUGUCGGCAUCUUUGUAGGUGGAGACUACCUGUUCUCCUGGACUAACUUCCUCGGACUCAGCAUUUGCAUGUCAGGAGGACUGGCUUACUCAUUCCUCACCUUCAACAGCAGUCAGCCACCUGGAAACAACCCAGAGGAAACACAAGAGCAGAAGAUUCCCAUUACUGAGGAUCUAUCAAAGAAACUGAGCCAAAGAUAAAAACACAAACCACUAGGUGGCGUUAUCCUGCUUCAUAUUGAAGCAUUUUCAAAAUUUAGCACUUCAUUGUUUCUCUUUUU